UCGCAUAGUCCUCGCGCUUGCGCACGCCACCGCGUCGCAGAAGGAAUACGACGCGAGCAGAUUCGCGAGCUCGCCUUGUUUUUGACCGUGCGGAGACAGUGUACAAAAUAUCCACGGGGAAAAAAGCAAAGUUGAAACAAAUACAUCUUUAGCGAGGCCAUUUGAAGUUCAUAUCCGGCGAAUCAAGACUGUAGGCAGCACAUAUAUAUGGGAAUACGAACAUGGUGUAAAAAAUGUUAUGACCGGAGGCGAGGUGGGCAUGCGAUAAGGAAGGCUACCACGCCAGACCCCUGCCCCUCGGAUAAAGAAGAGCGUAUGUGAGUGUGCGUGUGUGUCUAUGUGCGUAUGCGUGUGCGAUAUUAUUUCUUCAGUGACGGAUUGGGUUGCUAAAGCGGACUAGCAAUAAGACAUUCCGAAGAUGCUGAAGAGGUGGUCCGCAGCAACGCCAUGCAGCAGCUCUCUCUCCGCCGUCAUGCUCAUCCUCGUCUUGCCAAGGUGCAUGCUCUCAGUCUGUGCCGACAAAAACCUGGUGAGCAAAGAGGACUACUACAGUGCCACGGUGAACGCCACAGUCUUGGACCUCAAAGGCAACCCUAAACAAAUGCUCACGAAGGACGACGGGAGGUACGGGCAGAAUUCCCCCAAAACGGAAGCCAAGGGAAUCGUGAUCGCACCUGCGCCGGUGAAUGGAGUGGUGGACCUACAGGGAUGCUGUCAGAACACGCGCUUCGUGGUGCCUCCUCGCACCAGCCAGUGGGUGGCGCUGCUCCAGCGGGGCAAGUGCACCUUCAAGGAGAAGAUCCUCAAGGCAGCUGCCUUCAAUGCCUCUGCCGUCCUCAUCUACAACAACAGCUCCAAAGAGGACACCGUCACUAUGGCCCACGAAGGCACGGGUGACACGGUGGCGGUGAUGAUCACCGAGUCGUAUGGAAAGGAGCUGCUGUCGCUGCUGGAGCGAAACCUGACUGUGCUGGUGUCUGUGACGGUGGGCUCGCGCGGGCCGCCCAAGAACAUCAACCGCGGCUCGCUAGUCUUCGUCUCCAUCUCCUUCAUUGUGCUCAUGAUCAUCUCGUCUGCCUGGCUUAUCUUCUACUUCAUACAGAAGAUCCGCGACACCAACGCGCGCGACCGCAGCCAGAGGCGGCUGGGAGAUGCAGCCAAGAAGGCCAUCGGAAAGCUGACCACCAGGACUGUGAAGAGAGGAGACAAGGAGACGGACCCGGACUUCAACCACUGCGCAGUGUGCAUUGAGGGCUACCAGCUUAAUGACGUGGUCCGCAUCCUGCCCUGCAAGCACGUCUUCCAUAAGAUGUGUGUGGACCCUUGGCUGAACGAGCACUGCACUUGCCCCAUGUGCAAACUCAACAUCCUCAAAGCCCUGGGCAUCAUGCCCAACCUGCCUUGCGUGGACAACGUGGCGUUUGACAUGGAUCGGAUACCACGCAGUCAGACCUCCAGCCAGCGGACGGCGCUAGUGGACCUGUCCAGCGAGACCACCAUCAGCCUGGAGCCGCUGCGCCACUCUGGCACCUCACAGAUCUCCUCCGAGGGAGAGGUCACCCCGCGCACUGGAGAAAUCAACAUCGCUGUUACCAGUGGACAUUUUUUCAACCGAAAUUCUCUGUCACCACGAAAUGUCGUUUGUGAGAUGGAGCUUCCUGAUAUUCAGGCCUCCCUGGACCUGUACGACGAGAACAAGUCGUGAGAUUCAGACUGGUACCCCAGCCCUUCACAACACCCCUAGACCACCUCGAUUCCCAACCCAACUCCGCCAUCGUACCUCUUCAAUUCGUCCCUGCAUUCCCCCGUCUGGUGAUAAGGCCUCAACAGGAUGACAAAGAAAAACCCGACACCGACAACAGCAAACUCGGACUUUCUAAGAGUGCAGAAUGUAACUGCUAAGACCAUGAGGUGGUUUGGGGCUGGUUUUGUUCACCCGAACGGGAUUCAGCCUUAUCAAACACACUCAAAACUCCUCUACAAACACAUAGCUGAAGAUUUUUCGACCUCUCUUCUUCUCUAGAAUACUUUUUCUUUGUUCGCAAAAGACUCGUUUUCUGUAUUCUGUUCCUAGGUGAGGGUACUGUUGAAAGUGACCUUUGAGUUCCUCUUGCUCCAUACAUCAGUUCCAAAAACAAAACAAAACAAAAUCAGCUCUUGGAUUUUUGUUUGUGUGUUUUAAAAGCUUCUUGCCUCUGUGUACCUUAGUAAUUGAUUGUCCUCACUCUCUCUCUCCCUCCCUUCCCUUCCUUCUCUAUCCAAAAAGAAGCUCUUUGUUUUUACUGAUGGCAGUGUUAAGAAAAAGGAUGCAAAAAAGCAGACUGAGACUGUGUCUAUGGGCCAGCUGGCUGUAUUGUAUUUUGUGUGAUGGUGAUGACGGGGGGCCUUGCCAAGUUGACUCGUGUGUACUUGGCCAACCUCUCUCCACUCUCUCUAUUCUACUCAUUUUUCGAGAUGAAUGGAGGGGAACAGGGACAUCACUAAUAACUAGAAAUCAGCAUUUGGGACUCUGAACAAACAGCAUUACCCCCUCCCCCUUAGCAACAUCAGAGUUUCUCUAUAUAUAUAUAUAUAUAUAAAAGAAAAGCAUUUUAAAUGUGUAUUUAAAGAGAUGCUAAUGAAAUACCCUCAGUGAGUAUGAAUCUCCAGUGUGUCUCCUAUAUGGGGACUUAGUGUAUAUAUAUAUAUACGGUAUUUGCAUAUAUACAUAUAUAUAUAUGUAUGACUAUAUAUCUCAAGUGGCCUCUACGCACUGUUUGUCCUUCUCGUCGUUCCCGGAGAAUGGGGUGGAAGGGAGUCCUCUGUUCCAUGCUGUCUCUUUGUGUUCCUGUCUUUGUAUCUGAUUUUGGGAUGAACUUGUGACCUGCUCAACAUUGGUCAUGGUUGUGGGCUAAACAUGUUACAUACUGCCUCAGCAUUAAACUUCUUAUAAUUGCCUA